UUUGGGCUUCUGCGCAUACUACACCCGAACGAAAGCACUCAGCUUCGCAAAGAUAGAGUCCGAUCGGAAGCGAAAGAAGAGCUCGAUCUCGUCGGCGGAUCGGAAAGUGGACAAGGAGAAGCAUAAGAAGAAGACAAAAAUGGCGUCUACGACGAGCAAUCAGGUGAGGGCAUCGCACAUACUGAUCAAGCACGAGGGGUCUCGGAGAAAGGCCUCGUGGAAGGAUCCAGAUGGUCGCGUGAUCACGAACACCACUAGGGACAGCGCUGUCGCUCAGCUCAAGGCCCUCCGCGAAGACAUCGUCUCCGGCAAGGCCAAGUUCGAGGACCUUGCCUCUCGCUUCUCCGAUUGCAGCUCCGCCAAGCGCGGCGGCGAUCUCGGUCCCUUUGGCCGGGGCCAGAUGCAGAAGCCUUUUGAAGAAGCAACAUAUGCCCUCAAGGUCAGUGAGCUAAGUGACAUUGUGGAUACUGACAGUGGAGUCCACAUCAUCAUGAGAACUGGUUGAUAGCUCAUGGAGAAACAUUUGGGCAUAUUUGAACAUUAAUCAGUGUGCUGAGGGAACAUAUUUCUGUUUCUCAAAUUUGUUUUGCUCCUGGUGAGAGCAACAUGACCAUCUUAUUACUCAUUGAUGAUUUGGUACUUAUAAGACUGGUCCGACCAAUGUGCUUGGCGGGAUUGUGUUGUUUCUUCUAACAUUUACUUUUUCGGGUUCUUGGUUGUGGUUUGUGAUGGUUUUAUGUCAAUGACAAAAGCGUUUGCCUUCA